GGACGAACCGCCUAACUUCAAGGUGGGAGACAUGGUUAUGCUCAAUGCGACCAAUAUCAAGACACGUCGCUCCACCAAGAAACUCGAUCACAAGAAACUCGGCCCGUUCAAAAUCAUCCGACUAGCCGGGAAACGAGCCUGCGAACUGGAACUGCCGUCACAAGUCAAAAUCCAUAAUGUGUUCCAUAUUGAACUCUUGGAACGGUAUCGACAGAGCAGUAUCCCAGGCCGAGAACAACGUCCCCCAACUCCCGAAGAGGUCGAUAAGGAAGGAGAGGUGCUGUACGAAGUGGAAAGUAUCGUGGGGAGCCGGAAAAGCAGAAAAGGAUUAGUGGAAUACCUGGUGAAAUGGCGGGGCUAUUCGAUGAGUGACUGUACGUAUCAAGUCAUGGACGCUAUGGAUGAGGAAGUACUUGACCUUGUCCGCGACUUCCACCGAAGGAACCCCAAGGCCGUGAAGGACCAACGCCUGAGACUAUAG